AUGGAGAUUGCCCUGCUGGGGUCCAAGUCAGGCGUGAACCUCGAAAGUGGCUCAGAGGGCAUGAACUUCCUCAGAGCGCUCGACCGCGUUACCGUAUCAACCGCGCCGAUGUGCCAAGACCACGGAGAUUGGAUCGCAGCACAGGGUGUGCAUCUCGUACAGGUAUAUGGCCUGACUGAGGCUGGCUGUUGUUGCAUUCUGACCGUCUCGAGGCGAUCCCAACUGGCAGGGGAUGCGCCCUUUCCCCAACGUUAA